CUUCUUCUUUUUCUCACGGCAUUUCUCAUCAUUGAGAUGUUGAAUUGAAUUUUGUCACAGAGAGAGAGAGAGAGAGAGAGAGUUAGAGAGAAAAUAUUAUAAACACGAAUUGAUAGGACGCGAACGCUUUUGUGUUUUGGAUUUUUUGUUUUUCUCCAUUCAAUUUUGACAUAUAUUUUUUUUUCUUUUUUGGUUUUAAUUUGAAAUUAAAAAUUUUGGAUCGUUGAAAGAAAGCUAGAGCAAUGAAAACGUCACUGAGAAAAUUGCGAGGUUUUGCACUCCACAAGCACGAAGCCAAGGACCAGAGAGAUCUUAGGCCUCUCGCUAAAUUGGAUGAGCUUGCUCAGGCUUCUCGGGACAUGCAUGAUAUGAGAGACUGUUAUGAUAGCUUACUUUCUGCAGCUGCUGCUACGGCAAAUAGCGCCUAUGAAUUCUCAGAGUCAUUGCGGGAAAUGGGUGCUUGUCUUCUUGAGAAAACUGCAUUGAAUGAGGAUGAAGAAAGUGGUAAAGUUCUCUUAAUGCUAGGGAAGGUUCAGUAUGAACUCCAGAAGCUUAUUGAUAACUAUCGCUCUCAUAUAUUCCAGACAAUCACAGUCCCAUCAGAGUCUCUUCUUAAUGAGCUCCGGACUGUUGAGGAGAUGAAACGGCAAUGUGAUGAAAAGAGAGAUGUAUAUGAAUAUAUGAAAACUAGACAGAGAGAGAAGGGAAGGUCAAGAAGUGCAAAGGGAGAGAGUUUUUCAAUGCAGCAACUGCAAAUGGCUCGUGAUGAGUAUGAUGAGGAGGCAACAUUAUUUGUUUUCCGUUUGAAGUCUCUGAAGCAAGGACAAUCUAGAAGUCUACUUACGCAGGCAGCUCGUCACCAUGCAGCUCAGUUAUGCUUCUUCAAAAAGGCCCAUAAGUCCCUUGAGGCUGUAGAGCCACAUGUAAAAUUGGUAAGUGACCAGCAGCAUAUUGAUUACCAUUUUGGUGGACUUGAAGAUGAUGAUCGGGAUGAUGAUGAUGACGACGAUGACGACGAUAGCUAUGAUACGAAUGGUGAUGGGGAAUUAAGCUUUGACUAUGGGCAAAGUGACCAGGAGAAAGAUGUUUCUGUUUCUAAGUCAAGAAACUCAAUGGAGUUGGAUCAGGUGGACAUUACGUUUCCCACGGUUGUGAAGGAGGAAUCCAUCGAGGAAAAUCUUGAUAGACAUCGCAGGAAUUCUUUUUCCCGUAAGGCUAGGAUGGUCAGCCAAUCGGCCCCACUUUUUGCUGAGAAUAAAGUGGAUCCUGCUGAAAAAUUGAGACAACUCCGACCAUCAUUCUCAAAGAAGUUCCACUCAUAUGUAUUACCCACGCCAAUUAAUACAAAAGGUUCUGUUUCUACGGGAUCCGUUAACCCUGUGACUCACACAGCACAGACAAGUCUAAGCGAGCGUACACAGAAUUUAUGGCAUUCAUCACCAUUGGAUCCAAGGAAGUACGAGACUUUUACUGGAAAGGGGAAGGUUUCUGGACCUGCUGUGACAAAAGCAGAGUCUGUACUGAAAGAGAGCAACAAUAUAGCAUCCACUCAGUUACCCCCUCCAUUGUUAGAUGGGCAUGUAUUUCCACAGCAUGAUAAAUUUACUGCUUCUGAUUCUAAAAAAAUUAAAAGACAAGCCUUUUCUGGUCCAUUGACGAGUAAACCUUGGUCAACAAAACCAGUCCCAGUGACACACCCUCAAUUGUUCUCUGGACCUAUAUUACGAAAUCCAAUUCCUCAACCUUCAUCAUCACCACCUAAAGUGUCUCCAAGUGCUUCCCCUACUAUUCUGUCCUCACCCAAGAUAAGUGAGCUUCAUGAGCUUCCUCGGCCUCCUUCCGGUUCUGCCUACAAGUCCUCAAGAUCACCAGGGGUGACAGGAUAUUCAGCCCCCUUGGUAUCUAGAGGUCAAGCACAUGCUAAAAAAAAGGCGGUGUCAAAUUCUGCAUCUCCUCUGCCAACACCUCCUUCUCUAGGCAUCUCCCGUAGCUUCUCAGUACCCUCAAGUGAUCCUAGGGUUGUUGAAGUACAAGUGUCCAAACCAAUGUCACCUUUUCACGGUUCUCAGAUGGGUGAAGAUGUUGCUUCACCUCCUUUGACACCAAUUGCUCUAUCUAACAGUUAGGCAUCAUCAACCUGUUCAGAGACUGUCAUUUUGGUAGUUAUAAAAUCAAAGGUGCAAAUUGAUUGUAGUUUACUUGUAGCCGUGAUUUUGUUGCCAACUUGCAACAACAGAUAGCGGGGGAAAGAUUGUUUCUCAUCAGCUCGAAUAGGCGCCCAUCUGUAAAUAACCUUUUCUUCUGUAGUAUUUCUCUAUUCUUUUUGCCAUUGUUAUUCAUUGAAGAUCCUGUAUGAUAGGCUUAUGGCAUAAGUUAUUUAAAUAAUUUCCCUCCGUUCCGUCA